UCCGCUGGCAGGCAGCGCAGGACCGGUCUUUGUGGCGAGGCUUGGGGGAGGCCUAUGUCCAGCAGUGGACGUCUGUGGGCUGUUAUGAAGAACAAGAAGUUAUUUCAUCCCAUAUCAUCUCAUCUCAUUUCAUCCCAUUUAAUUAAUGUCUCAAAUUAAUCAUUUUCAUUUCAUUUCGUUUUCAUUUCAUUUCAUGCCAUGUUUCAUAUUAAUCAACUUCAUUUCAUAAUAUCAUUUUUCAUUUAAAAAGUUUUCAUUAAAAUUAAAAUAAGACUUGACUUAAAGAUCUUAGUUACCAGGUCAUAAAAUCCCCUAACUUAGAGAAUUACAUUUGAGAGUUCAAACCACUGAAAUAAGAAACCUUGAAACCUAAGGUCUAUGGUUCAAAAAAAAUAUUUGAUUUUGAUUUGGUCAAAUUAAGUUUUACAUGACAGAUAAAAAUGCUUUGUGUGUAACCUAGGUUUCCUACUUCAAUGGUGUAACCAUGUACCUGGCUACAAAAUAAUGCCGUAUAAAAAUACUUCCAGACUUUAGCAAGAAACUCGUUUAUUGUUCAGGGAUAAAGAUUUGAACAAGCUAAGGAAAUGAGUAAUGAAGGCAAUAAAACGACUUCGGAAGCACCUCAGGUGGUGGAGGAAGAAGGAAAGGCAAAACUUAGAAAAUGGUUAAAUAUGAAAUUUAGAAUUGAAAUGACCGAUGGCAGAGUUCUGAUAGGAGUGUUCCUGUGUACAGAUAGAGAUGCAAAUGUAAUUUUAGAUACAGAAGCAGCAAUUGUACCAUUUGUGGCGUUUAAGAACGCACCUUUUUAUGAUGCGUAAGCCGGAACGCACGAGAGGUGGGAAAGUCAGGGAAAGAGAAGAUAGGCUGUGACACGGGACCUUCUUACCGCCAAAAAAAUUUAAAACGUAAAUUAAUUUAUACAUAAUGUGUUUAUUAUGUAACUAAUAUAAUAUUAUAUAAUAACUUGAAUUGUUUAUACCGUUACAACAAUAAAAUUUCUAUUGUUUCAA